AUGAACUCACGGCCCAAACGUGCGGUCAGUAACCAAAUGGCUGUCCAAACAACUGUCCAAAUGGUGGCCCAACUCUUGUCACCCCUACUCUUAUUGGCGUUUAUGUCGGCCACCGAUGUCUUAGCCGAUGAUCCGCCGCGAAUCAUAACAGCGCCCAAAGACCAGUUGGUUGUGUCGGGACGUGUGGCCACAUUUGUCUGCGCGGCGAUCGGCACUCCCAGGCCUCAGAUCGAGUGGCGGAAGAAUGGCAAACGACUCGUCACUCAACGAUACACUGUUCUCGAGAUACCCAACGGAUCCGUUCUUCGCAUAGAACCCGUCAGAGCUAUGCGAGACAACGCUUCGUACGAGUGUUUGGCCGAGAAUGGUGUCGGCGAACCCGUCAGAGCACAGGCUCUUCUCAAUGUCUUCUCCGACGAAGAGAUACCGAAAGGGUUUCCCCGGUUUACACUUCAGCCGCAUAUGCAGGGCGUAGAGAGGGGUCGAAACGCUCUGAUCCCUUGUAAGGCUGAGGGCGAUCCCGACCCCCAUAUCACGUGGUUUAAGGAUAUGAUCCCAAUAGAUAUGAGUAAUACUCGCUAUUCAUACUAUUCGGGCGCUUCUCUGCAGAUAGUGGGCGCCGAAGAGGCAGAUCAGGGCCAAUACGAGUGCAUCGCCGAGAACAGGAUCGGCACCGCGUACUCAGAUUUGGCCACACUCUACGUCCGCACUCGAGUGGUUCCGCCAUAUUUCUCGAUUCCACCCGAAAAGCAAUACGAAGUAAUGCCCGGAAGUGCUCUGAAUUUGACGUGUGUUGCCGUCGGCUCUCCAAUGCCUUACGUCAGUUGGAAGAGAGGUCCGACUGACUUGAAUACUGCCGACAAUAUGCCAAUUGGGAAGAAUGUUCUCAAACUGGAGGACAUCCGAGAAAGUGCUAAUUACACAUGUAUUGCACACUCAAAACUUGGAAACAUUGAGGCCUUAACCCAAGUGUUGGUGCAGUCACUGCCGCGACCGCCCACUAAUGUCAGGAUAUCAGACGUGACGCCCACUUCAGUGCGGCUUUCGUGGUCUUACGAUAUCGGCGCUGAAAAUAUCGUAUAUUUUGUUAUUCAAUACAAACCGAAGAAUGCGAACCAAGAGUUGAGUGAAAUCAGUGGAAUCACGACAUUCUUCUAUAUCGUGGGUUCGCUCACCCCUUAUACCGAAUACGAGUUCUAUGUGGUGGCCGUCAAUGCCAUCGGUAGGGGUCAGGCCAGCAAUCCUGCAAUCGUCACCACCGGAGAGACAAUGAUUUCGUCAAAUCCACGCAAUUUGAAUGCCCGGCCAUUGAGCUCAAGCACAAUAGUAGUGCAAUGGGAUCAGCCCGAAGAGCCUCACGGGCAGGUGACCGGCUAUAAAGUGUAUUACACGGCUCAGCCCAGUCUGCCGACCACAGCGUGGAGCACACAGAUUGUCGACAGCAAUCAAUUGACCACAAUAUCCGAUUUACAGCCGCAUAUGAUUUAUACAAUUAGAGUGCAGGCAUUCACGAGCAGAGGCGCGGGUCCGCUGUCAGUGCCGGUGCAGGUGAAGACCCAACAGGGAGUUCCGAGUCAACCAUCGAACCUGAAGGCUACGGCCACUUCUUCGACAACAGUGCAACUCAAUUGGCAAAAGCCGACACAUGUGGGCGAAGCCAUCAUUGGCUACGAAGUCUAUUGGAACGACACGUUCACCAAUAGGGAGGAGAAGCGCGCCAUUCCUGAUGUCGAGACAUUCACUUUAGGUGACUUGAAUCCCGACACUCUCUACUACGUAUGGGUGGCCGCCAAGUCUCGCAGGGGUGAGGGCGCCGCCACACCUCCCAUACCCGUCAAAACUGAACAAUUUGUUCCCGGAGCCCCUCCACAACAAGUGCACGGAAUAGCAAUAGACUCAAAGAGUGUGCGAAUUGAAUGGAAACCCCCACCCCUUCCCAAACAACACGGAACCAUUACUUACUACAAAAUUAUUUAUAUCGAAGACACUAUAAAUCUUUCUAAAAAGUUUGAGACCAAUGUAACCGCCAGUGAGUCCUCAGUUGUAUUAAAACAUUUGAACAAAUGGACAAAUUAUCGCAUUCAAGUGAUUGCGGGCACAGUAUUAGGCGACGGUCCGCCCUCUCAACCCAUUUUAAUCCGCACCGACGAAGACGUUCCGGGCGAACCACGAGAUGUAAAGGGAAGUGCAUUGAAUAGCACUGCAGUAUUAGUUGAAUGGUUGGCACCCAUUCAUAAGGAACAAAAUGGUUUGAUUAGAGGCUAUCAAAUACACGUACAAGAAAUCAAUACAAAUGGAGAUCUCAUUAAUGAUCCGAUUCGAUACGAUGUGGCCGACGGUAUGGCACAGGACUAUAACAUAACGGGUCUUCAACCGGACACUGAGUACGCCAUACAAGUGGCUGCCGUUACGCGUAAAGGCGACGGAACCAGAAGUCGCUCGACAAACGUACGGACAUUGGGAGGCGUCCCCUCCAGACCCGAUAUACUGAUCCGUCUAUUGCAAGACGAACCGCAGAUGAGUGUUGAAGUGCAGUGGUCGCGACCCAAUCAUACUUAUGGACAACUUAUGAAAUAUAAACUAAAAUACGGCCGAAUCGAUGGCACGAAUCGAGAAGAAAUGGAAAUCGAACCGCAAGAACAGCACAGAAUCAUCAGAGAUUUGGACAGAGGGGCCAGAUAUGAGUUCCGCAUUGCGGGCAGUAAUGUGAUUGGUUGGGGACAGGAGUCCGUAGCCUAUGUCGAAACACCGGAAGGCAUUCCAAGAGCUCCGCCACAAAACUUAACUCAUCGUUUGCAAAGUCCGACUACUGUUGUGGUCAAUUGGGAUCCACCGCUUCCUCAAUACAGAAAUGGCAAAAUAUCCGGUUAUGGCAUCCAUUUUAGCAAACUCUCCGAUCAGAGCCCUAACGAAUACAAUACAUCACAAACUCGUAUGGUUUUCAGCUCUUUGGACGAAAACACUGAAUAUUCUUUUAGAGUAAGAGCUCACACGAGUAGAGGUACGGGGCCGUGGAGUAACCGAAUUCAAUUGCAAACUCCCGGUGAUGUACCGCCGGCGCCAACUAAUGUGCAAUCGUUGAGCACAUCCGAGACAUCAGUGGAGGUCUGGUGGGACGAAAUGCCAUUCUUUAGCGACAUAAUAGGUUAUCACGUAUUAUAUUCGCAAACACCUGUCGAAGACUUGGAUCUCUGGUACCGAAAGGAAGUGGCGCUCACGUGGUCGGCAGCCGUCACUGGCUUAGAGCCGAAGACUAUGUAUGCCAUACGAGUGGCCGCCUAUACUAAUCAGGGUUUGGGACGACUCUCCGAAUUGAUUACUGUGCGAACGGAUCCGACGGACGUUCCCUUGAAUUUGCAAGCGUUAGACGUGACCACACAUACGAUGACACUGACGUGGAAAGCGCCCAAAAAGUUGGAACCAAUUAAAUAUAGGAUAAGAUAUGGCGCUCACAAAGAGUUCUAUGACAGUCAGGGAGUUCUUCAAAAGUUGCCAAUUGGUCCCGAAUCUAUUUAUGUCUCUUCCGAUGUCACGGAAUAUAAGGUGAAUAGUUUGAUGCCAUUCACCACAUAUCAAGUGAACGUAACGGCUGUGCCAUCGGAUGAAUCGUUUCGACCGUCCGCUAAGAUAACAGUGACGACAGCUAUGGCUGCGCCCAAACCAAUGGUUAAACCCGAUACCAUUGAAUCACAAAACAAACAACAAAUCACUGUUAUUCUGCCGCAAGCGUCGGAAGAGUACGGACCUAUCAGUCACUACUAUUUAGUGGUCGUUCCGCACGAAUACGUCAACAAAGAACCCGAUAAGUACUCGAUUGAAGAGUUGUCGGCGACCCAAAGCGAUCGCGUCGGGCCAUACAUUGCCGCCAAAUGGAUGCGAAGAGCUAUUCCUAACACAUACUCUCUCGGAGACGGACAGAAAUAUAACGGAUUUGUUAAUAGAAGACUAAUGAAAGGCGUUAUAUACCAUAUAUUCAUUAGAGCUGUUGUCGACACUCCCAUAAAGAGUCUAUUCACGAGUUCUCCGUUUUCUGAUGCAUUGAGUUUGGAGGCGAUAACAGCUGAAGGACACGGAACCAGGAAUGUGAACGUUCCACAGGAAGAGCCUCAGGCAACAGACAGACCCGGAGACAGGAUUCCAGUCACCAGAGCUGGUGAUAAGUCUGGAGCUAUUCUUAUUCUAUCAAUAGUAUUGGCUAUUCUUUUGGUGGUGAUGUCCGUCGGAUUUUGUAUUAUUAAAAGACGACGACAACUCAUCAAAUCUCCCGCAGCGGACACUACAAUGAAAUUGUUGUUAAGUUCGGCAGAACCGCGGGAUCUGACGACUCAUCCCUCAGAUCCGGUGGAAUUGCGGCGACUUAACUAUCAGACGCCGGCAAUGAUGAGUCAUCCGCCCAUUCCGGUCACAGAGCUCUCUAACCAUAUCGAGCGCCUCAAAGCGAGUGAGAAUCUCAAGUUUUCUCAAGAGUACGAGUCCAUAGAACCCGGACAGCAGUUCACUUGGGAUAACUCGAACAUCGAGUUCAACAAACCGAAGAACAGAUACGCCAAUGUCAUUGCAUACGAUCACAGCCGGGUUGUACUCCAACCCCUCGACAGCACUCCCGGCUCUGACUAUAUUAAUGCCAAUUAUUGUGACGGAUAUCGUCACGGAAACGCUUACAUCGCUACACAGGGACCGCUGCCCGAGACUUUUGGUGAUUUUUGGCGAAUGGUUUGGGAACAGAGAAGUGCGGCCGUCGUUAUGAUGACUAAACUGGAAGAGAGAACUCGUAUAAAAUGCGACCAAUACUGGCCAUCGCGAGGCACAGAAUCCUAUGGCGUAAUGCAUGUGACGCUCACUAAUUACGAAGAGUUGGCCUCGUAUUGUAUUCGCACAUUUAGUUUGCAGCGAACCGGUUAUGGGGACACCCGUGAAGUGCGUCAGUUCCAGUUCACGGCGUGGCCCGAUCACGGCGUGCCCGACCACCCGACGCCCUUUCUUAUGUUCUUGAGGAGAGUCAAGACAAUGAAUCCUCCAGAGGCCGGACCACUCAUCAUACACUGCUCGGCCGGUGUCGGUCGGACGGGUUGUUAUGUUGUGAUCGAUUCAAUGCUCGAACGACUCAAAUACGAGAACACGAUCGACAUCUACGGUCACGUGACGUGUCUAAGAGCUCAACGCAAUUACACGGUUCAGACCGAAGACCAGUAUAUCUUCAUUCACGACGCAGUGCUGGAAGCGGUGAUCGCCGGCAACACAGAGGUGUCGGCGCGCAGUCUGUAUAACCACAUCCAACUGCUGAUGCAAGUGGUUCCCGGAGAGAACAUCACUGGCAUGGAGUUGGAGUUCAAGAAGAUUGCGUCCAUGAAGACUGUGGUCAAUAAGUUCAUCAGCGCUAACCUUCCCGUCAAUAAGUUUAAGAACCGACUCAUGAAUAUAUUGCCGUAUGAGUCGACGCGAGUCUUCUUACAACCCCUCAGAGGAGUCGAAGGAUCCGAUUAUAUAAACGCCAGUUUUAUUGACGGCUAUAAAUACCGGAGCGCUUAUAUCGCCACUCAGGGACCCCUUCCCGAAACCACUGAAGAUUUUUGGCGAAUGCUUUGGGAACACAACUCCAAUAUUGUCGUCAUUCUAACUAAACUGAAAGAAAUGGGACGCGAAAAGUGCCACCAAUACUGGCCUUUAGAGCGAUCGCAGAGAUAUUUGUAUUUCGUUGUCGACCCCAUCACUGAGUAUAAUAUGCCUCAGUAUAUACUCAGGGAAUUUAAGAUCACUGACGCCCGGGACGGCCAGUCGAAAGUGAUUCGUCAGUUCCAUUUCGUCGAAUGGCCCGAACAGGGAGUUCCCAAAUCUGGCGACGGAUUCAUUGAGUUUAUAACACAAGUCCACAAGACUAAGGAACAGUUCGGUCACGACGGACCCAUCGCUGUUCACUGCAGUGCUGGCGUUGGCAGGACUGGUGUAUUCAUAACAUUGAGUAUAGUAUUAGAGCGGCUGCAGAACGAAGGUGUGGCCGAUCUGUUCCAAACAGUGCGAACACUUCGCACUCAAAGGCCAGGUAUGGUUCAGACCGAAGAUCAGUAUCAGUUCUGUUAUAGGGCUGCACUCGAGUACAUCAGUUCGUUCGACAAUUAUCCCAAUUAAUGAUUGAUGUGAUGACCCACUCAUACAUCACGUCUCCAUUGCCAUUGUUUUUCAUUUAACAUUCAAUGCAUUUUCAAUGAAUGCUUUGCAGCUGAAGGACAGCCACAAUACGGCUAAUUUUGGGCCAAAUUAUCGUCAGUACAAAACUGUUUGUCAAUAGAUUUCACUAUUUAUUAAUUUACUCAAUAUUUAUCACAUAAUGUUUUGACAACAGAACUGGUGGUAAAGUUCCUCAUUAUUUGUUUUAUAUUUAAAACCCAACCAUUGAUUUGCAGCUCAAGUCUAAUAUGAAUAACUAAUUGAUGGCAAUA